GGGGCGGAGCGGCGCGGAGGGAGCCCAGCGGCGGCCGAGAAGGCGGACGCGAAGUGGCCCACGACCACCGUCGCCGCCGCCCGGACAUGGCGCAGAGGCCCGGCCCCGGGGGAAGAUGAAUAAAGGGUGGCUGGAGCUGGAGAGCGACCCAGGUCUCUUCACCCUCUUGGUGGAGGAUUUCGGUGUUAGAGGGGUGCAGGUUGAGGAGAUCUAUGAUCUUCAGAGCAAAUGCCAGGGCCCCGUGUAUGGGUUCAUCUUCCUCUUCAAAUGGAUCGAGGAACGCCGGUCUCGCCGCAAAGUCUCCACCCUGGUGGACGAGACUUCAGUGAUCGAUGAUGACAUUGUGAAUAACAUGUUCUUUGCCCAUCAGCUGAUCCCCAACUCUUGUGCUACUCAUGCCUUGCUGAGCGUCCUGCUAAAUUGCAGCAAUGUGGACCUGGGGCCAACGCUGAGCCGCAUGAAAGACUUCACCAAGGGAUUCAGCCCUGAGAGCAAAGGAUAUGCAAUUGGAAAUGCUCCUGAACUGGCCAAAGCACAUAACAGCCAUGCAAGGCCUGAACCACGUCACCUGCCUGAGAAACAGAAUGGAAUCAGCGCUGUACGAACCAUGGAGGCCUUCCACUUCGUCAGCUAUGUCCCCAUCAAGGGGCGGCUUUUUGAACUGGAUGGACUGAAGGUGUACCCCAUUGACCAUGGGCCUUGGGGUGAAGAUGAAGAGUGGACAGACAAAGCCAGGAGAGUCAUCAUGGAACGAAUUGGCCUAGCCACAGCAGGAGAGCCGUAUCACGACAUCCGCUUUAACUUGAUGGCGGUGGUGCCUGACCGCAGGAUGAAGUAUGAGUCCAAGCUGCAUGUCCUGAAGAUGAAUAGACAGACAGUGCUGGAGGCCCUGCAACAGUUAAUCCGUGUAACCCAACCAGAGCUAAUUCAGACCCAAAAGUCCCAAGAGGCUCAGGCCCCCGAAGAUCCAAAACCAGGCAGCAGCAAGGCCCCGGCAGUGCUUGAUGCGAACAGGACUCACCUGGCUUCUGAGGGCUCUCACGCUGAUGGGGCCGAAGAUACGGCUCGGCCGUGCCAGCAGGCCCCCACCAAUAGCCCUCCCAACAAAUCCAAACUGGCUGUGAAGCCUCCCGUGAGCGGCCACAAUGGAGCUUCGGCCAACCCCAGCCCCAUUGUUCAGCGGCUGCCGGCUUUCCUGGAUAACCACAACUAUGCCAAGUCCCCCAUGCAGGAAGAAGAGGACCUGGCCGCAGGCGUGGGCCGCAGUCGCGUCCCGGUCCGUCAGCACCAGCAGUACUCUGACGACGAAGAUGAUUACGAGGACGAGGAGGAAGAGGAUGCGCGCAACACCAACUCUGCCCUCAGGUACAAGCGGAAGGGGCAAGUGAAAAAGGAGGCUCUGAUGGCGUCCUCAGAUGGUCAGCUGUCUGUCCUCCAGCCCAACACCAUUAAUGUCCUUGCCGAGAAGCUCAAGGAGUCCCAGAAAGACCUCUCCAUCCCUCUGUCCAUCAAAACCAGCGGUGGAGCGGGGAGCACCACUGUGGCGGGGCCCCCGCACUCCCAGCCCUCACCCACACCCAGCAAUGAAAGCACAGACACUGCCUCCGAGAUCGGGAGUGCCUUCAACUCCCCUCUGCGGUCCCCCAUCCGCUCGGCCAAUCCCACCCGCCCAUCCAGCCCCGUCACCUCCCACAUCUCCAAGGUGCUCUUUGGGGAGGAUGACAGCUUGCUGCGUGUGGACUGCAUGCGCUAUAACCGGGCCGUGCGGGACCUGGGACCUGUCAUCAGUACUGGCCUGCUGCACCUUGCUGAGGAUGGGGUGCUUUGCCCCCUCAUCGUCACAGAAGGGGAAAAAAGCUCCCCGACGUCCAGCAGACAAAGCGAGCUUGCUCAAGUGGUUGCCAAGGUGGAGGAGAAACCGUUACCCGAGGCGAGUGACAGUAAAGGAACGAGCAGGAACGCGGAGCAGCCGGGUGGAGAGAAGUAUUCCCCCAAAGAGCUGUUGGCUUUGCUGAAGUGUGUGGAGGCAGAGAUUGCAAACUACGAAGCCUGCCUCAAGGAAGAAGUGGAGAAGAGAAAAAAGUUUAAGAUUGAUGACCAGAGAAGAACCCAUAACUACGACGAGUUCAUCUGCACCUUUAUCUCUAUGUUGGCGCAGGAAGGAAUGCUGGCCAACCUUGUAGAGCAGAAUAUCUCUGUGCGUCGGCGGCAGGGUGUCAGCAUCGGCCGCCUCCAUAAGCAGCGGAAGCCCGACCGCAGGAAACGCUCCCGCCCAUAUAAAGCCAAGCGCCAGUAAGGAGACCAACUGGCCCUGGGCUGCCCCAGGCCUUUUUUGUUUGUUUGUUUUAACCAUGGGGUUUUAACCAAGGAAGCAGGUAUUCAUGUAUCCUAAUUGAGGAGUUGGGCUGAGGAACAGUCUGCUCUUCUCAGCUCCUCUUCCCAGUAUUAUUGAACAGUCCAACCAAGAGGUUUCCACUUGCCCAUGGAACUUGGGUAUUCCUCACAUGUCAGUCACACUACAGCCCAUCCUGUUGAUUCUGGAAGGAGAGGGUCAGCUCAGCAGAGUAGUCUGAGGUCCCCAAGAACCCUGACUUUUCUAGGAGCAGGCCAGCUAGAGCUCUCGAUGGCUAAAUCCCUUGAGAGGAUGAAGUCGGGGCCCUGUUACAGCAGCAGCAGCAGCCACAGCGGUUGGUAUAGUAUGAACUCUGAGCCACUCCUCUGGUCCUCCCUGGAUCCGGUUGGUCACUUAAAGCCUAACCACAGCUGGCUGGGCACAACAAAUUCCGAGGUCACCUGAGCUGCUUAUUUGGGGCCAAGGUCCUGAGUCUUUCCCUCUCUCCCUCCCCCACUUCUGUGACAGCAGAAUAUGUAUUUUAUAUAGCAGAAAUGUGUAUUUUUCUUGGUUCUGAUCAGUCUUGCCACCAUUGUAUUGAACAUAGGAGGCUUUUCAACGAACCAUCCCUCUUCUGGGCAGCAGCUGCCUGGCGUUGUCACUAUUCAGAUUUGGCUUUCCCUCUCCAGCCCCAAGGGGACCUGCUGUUCUCCCUCCCCUGAUCUCCUUUCCCCCCACCAAUCCCUAUCACCUUGAUUGCCUGCGACCUCUCCUUUCUGUGAGCUUAAUCAAUCAAUAAAUUAACCAAUGUUCUGUAUUGAGCAACGUGCAAAACGCUUGGGAGGGUACGAGGCGGUAGAGUCGGUAGACGUGAUCCCUGCCCUCAAGAAGCAGGAAACCCCACCAGACACAGUCUAGUGGGGGAGAUAGACAUUAAAAUAAAUCACACAUAGGGGAAAUGGCAGAAUAUAAGGCUAAGGUGCAAGCCGGAAUUGUAUCAUCACACUGUUUUGGCUCUACGGUCCAAUUGGAUUAAACUGAGACAAGGUUUUUUGGUUUGUUUUGGGGUUCAUUUUAAGUUCUUCUGAUUUCUGCAAGGUCAGUGGCUUCCUUUGGAACCAUGGUUUUCCCAUUGGUCCAAUGCGAGAUAGGGAAACAAGGUAUAAACUAGCAUGACCAGUCCCAGCUGCUUUCUGCAGUCACUGCAACCAGUGGGUGGGACAGACCACGGAGAGGUCUGAUGCAGAACUCCAUGGGCUUUAGCAGCAGCCAGUCAUGGGGCAGAAACAGGUGACUGGGGGGUUUUCUUAGGCUUCAAGAGACAUCACAUCAGGAAGCGAUCAGUCGGUGGACUUACUGAGCGCCCAGUGUGGGCCGAGCACUGUACUUGGCGUUCAGGAGAGAACAGUACAGUAGGGUUGGUGGACAAGUCCCCUGUCCACAGAGAUCUUAGGAACAAAUGUGGCAGAUGACCCAGUCUCUUUGUGGCAGGGUUUUGGGCAUGUGAACUGCUCCCCUCCGGAGGCCAGAUGUGCGUGAAGGAGGAGGAGAAGCUAGUUGCUGUGGCUGCUGCUGCUGCUGCUAUAGUAUUAUGUCACAAGGGUUUAUUGGACUCCGUCGGCUCCGCAGAGAGGUUAUUGCUCUGAAAGGGUUGCAAGAUGUCAGGAAGGGCCGUGCAUGCCUAUGGCAGUAUUGUAUGGGCUUCCUGCCGCUACCGACUAGCCGAGGGCCACCGCAGGGGUCCUAGCCUGGGAGGCCUGCAGAUUGGGCUAUGGUCACAUGUGGAGGGUCCUUGGACAGCCUGGGUGGGUAAAAGGCCCUUUUCUCCCCUUCCCCGUCCCAGUUCCAUGAAGCUGUUAUCACUGGUACCUUUAGUUUUGACUGCUGGCGCCUUCUCCGCCGGUAUGAACUGCCAUUGCUCAUGUCAAGCAACUCCUUUCUGCAGUAAAGAGGAAGGAAAGGAUUUCUUCAGCUUCCUCGGGGGUGGCUCGAGACUGGGCUGUCCACGUGAAAUGAAGUCAGGCCCUGAGAUGGGGCUGCAGGGAAAGGAUUUUACAAGGGUCUAGCUGGCCAAAUCCCAAGAGCCACCUAGAAGACCAGCAAAGGCAACUGCCCGCUUUCCUCGGCUCUGUGGCAGGUACCCAGCUCUCAUGCAUGCUGGUUUCCAAGCAGUUCUCAUGGAGGCUGAGGCCAUACAGUGCCUAAAGAAGUCCAGAGAUGAAGGCGUUGCUAAAAAAACCUAUCUUCCGUUAUCAGUUUUGGGUCAAACUGUCCUACCUUUUCCCCUCCUGCUGAAGUGGGUUUGUUCUGCUUCCUUGGUUUCCUCCUUUGUAUUCUUUCUGGUCCCCCUGGCAACAAUGUUUCUCUUGGCCCUCUGCCUUCUCCCUCUCUCCUUGUAGCCCUCGGUGAAGGCUGAGUGACUCCCUCCCGCUUCUCCCCGCUCUCCGCCCUCCCCCUGCUUAUUAUGGCUGGGUGAGGGACUGAUGGUCCUUCUGGUCCUAUAUCCCCAAAGAGCUUGCUGAACUGGUGUGGUUUUUUUAAGUACCAGGGCAGGCCAGCUUCUCCAGAGCCACUCACACUUGGAGUUGUGAUGGGGAAAAAUGCCUCGUAGGUUUAAUAUGCGUACAGAUUUGAUGAGGGUGUGGCGUGACACCCAUCGUGCUUUGGUGAAGCAAGCUGCCUGAUUCCUGGCAAACCCUGUACGUGCCUGACCUGCCAAUGAAUUAAUAAAAUUCUUCUGUGAUUAAA